CUCGCUUUAGGUUAUCUGUCAUUUCUUAGUAAGGUGUUUCGCAUUUAAUAUCUUUCGCCGGUUUAUUAUAUAGUUAUUGUUAUUAAGCAUAAAUAAAUUUAAUUUGUUAUUUGACGGAGAUCGAUCUUCCGUUCGAGACUGUUUAAAUUGUUCAACUUAUACUUACUAGCCCGAUGAUAACAGGAUAGAUCCGCUUAAUCUUCGACGCCAGGUCGAUCCCGAUCCGUACACGUUCUCCCUUGGGAAAAAAAAUUAUAGUUUAUUGAAUUUUAAUUUAAUUAUCUCUCAAUUAAUAUAAUGGAGCCUUACGACGUUAUUAUAAAUCAACCUGUCGUAAUCGAUAACGGAUCUGGAGUGAUUAAAGCCGGAUUCGCCGGUGAUCAAGUGCCGAAAUGCUGUUUUCCAAAUUUCAUCGGGAGACCCAAACACGUCCGUGUGAUGGCGGGCGCUUUAGAAGGGGAGAUAUUCGUCGGCCCCAAAGCCGAAGAGCACAGGGGCCUUUUGAGUCUAAGGUAUCCGAUGGAACAUGGCAUAGUGACCGAUUGGAACGACAUGGAAAAGAUUUGGCAGUACGUUUACGGAAAUGAUCAACUGCAGACAUUUUCGGAGGAGCAUCCAGUUCUCUUAACAGAAGCACCACUCAAUCCAAAGAAAAAUAGGGAAAAAGCAGCUGAGAUAUUUUUUGAAUCGUUCAAUGUACCAGCGCUUUAUGUCUCGAUGCAAGCGGUAUUAAGUUUAUAUGCUACAGGAAGAACUACCGGUGUUGUGUUGGAUUCAGGCGACGGUGUCACACACGCUGUGCCUAUAUAUGAAGGCUUCGCCAUGCCUCACAGUAUUAUGAGGGUAGACAUAGCAGGAAGAGACGUCUCACGAUAUUUACGGCUUUUACUUAGAAAAGAGGGCGUUAAUCUUAAGACCACAGCUGAAUUUGAAGUUGUGAGAACAAUUAAAGAAAAUGCAUGUUUUUUGUCUGGUAAUCCUCAGAAGGAAGAGUCUGCCGACACCGAAAAAUAUCAGUAUGUCCUCCCCGAUGGUAGUACAUUGGAUAUAGGCGCAGCAAGAUUUAGAGCCCCAGAGGUUCUCUUUAGACCAGACUUGAUUGGUGAUGAAUGUGAGGGGAUACACGAAGUUUUAGUUUACGCAAUACAAAAAUCGGAUCUUGAUUUAAGAAGAGUUUUAUAUCAGAAUAUUGUCCUAUCUGGAGGUUCCACUCUAUUUAAGGGCUUUGGAGAUCGGUUGUUAACGGAAAUUAAGAAGGUUGCACCAAAGGAUAUUAAAAUAAGGAUCUCAGCCCCUCAAGAAAGGUUGUAUUCAACUUGGAUUGGCGGUUCCAUUCUGGCUUCAUUGGAUACAUUUAAAAGAAUGUGGGUUUCAAAAAGAGAAUUUGAAGAUGAAGGGGGAAGAGCUAUACACAGGAAGACGUUUUAGUCUCGUGUAUUAGUAACACCUUUUCUCAACCGAAUAAGCAAAUGUUUAUUUUUUAUUUUUCAAAUGUCUCGAAACUAUGUUAUUGUUUCAUAUUGUAUUUGUAUAUAAAUUUCGUUCAAUGAUUAAUUGAACAAUAUUUGUACGAGGUGCAAGAGAUGAAUAACAUGGCUGUUUCUCUGAUGGAUGGACUAUGAACUGGAGAAUAAUAUUCAUUUAAGGUAUUUUUUAUAUGCAACAAUUGUGCACAACUUAAUAUAUACUUAGUAAUAAUUAUUUAAAUUAAUACAAAGCUUGUGCAAAUAUGUAACUUAUUAAUGUGUACAUAUACAUAUUCUAGUUUAUUUAAUUUUCUAUUGCUUGUAAACCAUUGUUAACUUAAUUUUUUUUUCAUUUCUUUCAAUUAUAUGGUUAUUAUAGCAUUUCUUUUUCAGCUGCAAGCGCCACUUUUUUUUUAUUAUUGUCAUAUAAUAAGAAGUGCUACUUUGUAAAAGAGAUCAAGACGAGCAUGAAAUAAUAUUCUCAAAUUAAAAUCUGUUCUAAAUUUA